UCUGGGAAAAGAUGGAUGCUCACGAUCUGUUUCGCCGGCUCGGCGCGGGGGCCAAAUUCGACGUGAGACGCUUCUCGGCGGACGCUGCCCGAUUCAAGAUAGGAAAAAGGAAAUAUGACUUUGAUUCUUCGGAGGUGCUACAGGGACUGGACUUUUUUGGAAACAAGAAGUCUGUCCCAGGUGAGUGUGAAGCAUCAAGAACUCAUCAGGAACUACAAGAUGAAGAGAAAAAUGAAGAGAGCCUAACUGAAAGGAGGAGGGAGCAGAACAAGAAAAAGAGGAAGAAGAUGACUUCAGAAAUUACUUCUGAAGAAGUUUCUACUAUACGGUGGAUAUCAUCUGUGGAAGCAAAGAUUGAAGAUAAAAAAGUUAAAAGAGAAAAUAAACUAACUUCAGGAAAGUUGGAGCAGCUCAGAAAAGAAAAGAUAAACUUCUUCCGGAAUAAACAUAAAAUUCAUGUCCAAGGAACUGAUCUUCCUGACCCAAUUGCUACAUUUCAGCAACUUGACCAGGAAUUUAAAAUCAAUUCUCGACUGCUUCAGAACAUUCUAGAUGCAGGCUUCCAGAUACCUACGCCAAUCCAAAUGCAAGCCAUUCCAGUUAUGCUGCACGGUCGAGAACUUCUGGCUUCUGCUCCUACUGGAUCUGGAAAGACUUUGGCUUUUAGCAUUCCUAUUUUAAUGCAGCUGAAACAACCCACAAACAAAGGCUUCAGAGCCCUGAUUAUAUCACCAACACGAGAACUUGCCAGCCAGAUUCACCGAGAGUUAGUAAAAAUAUCUGAGGGAACAGGAUUCAGGAUACACAUGAUCCACAAAGCAGCAGUUGCAGCCAAGAAAUUUGGACCUAAAUCAUCUAAGAAGUUUGAUAUUCUUGUGACUACUCCAAAUCGACUAAUCUAUUUAUUAAAGCAAGAUCCUCCAGGAAUAGACUUAACAAGUGUUGAAUGGCUGGUAGUAGAUGAAUCAGAUAAACUGUUUGAAGAUGGAAAAACUGGGUUCAGAGACCAGCUGGCUUCCAUUUUCUUGGCCUGCACAUCCCACAGGGUCAAAAGAGCUAUGUUCAGUGCAACUUUUGCCUAUGAUGUUGAGCAGUGGUGCAGACUCAACUUGGAUAAUGUCAUUACUGUUUCCAUUGGAGCAAGGAAUUCUGCAGUAGAGACUGUAGAACAAGAGCUUCUCUUCGUUGGGUCUGAGACUGGAAAACUUCUGGCCAUGAGAGAACUUGUUAAAAAGGGUUUCAAUCCACCUGUUCUUGUUUUUGUUCAGUCCAUUGAAAGGGCUAAAGAACUUUUUCAUGAGCUCAUAUAUGAAGGUAUUAAUGUGGAUGUUAUUCAUGCAGACAGAACUCAGCAACAGAGAGAUAACACAGUCCAUAGCUUCAGAGCAGGAAAAAUCUGGGUUCUUAUUUGUACAGCCUUGCUAGCCAGAGGGAUCGAUUUUAAAGGUGUGAACUUGGUCAUCAACUAUGACUUUCCAACCAGCUCAGUGGAAUAUAUCCACAGGAUAGGUCGAACUGGAAGAGCCGGGCAUAAAGGAAAAGCUGUUACAUUUUUCACUGAAGAUGAUAAACCAUUAUUAAGAAGUGUUGCCAAUGUUAUCCAGCAGGCCGGAUGUCCUGUCCCAGAAUACAUAAAAGGUUUCCAAAAACUACUAAGUAAACAAAAGAAAAAGAUGAUUAAGAAGCCUUUGGAAAGGGAGAGCAUUAGUACAACUCCAAAGUAUUUCUUAGAAAAAGCUACGGAUAAAGGGAAAAAGGUCACUGGUCAGAACAGCAAGAAGAAAGUAACUCCUGAGGACAAAAGUUAAAAACAGACUUCUAAAAAGACUAUAUCACAAAUGUGAUUUUAUGAUUCCAGCAUGAAUGUUGUUUUCAUGGAAUACAUUGUCUUAUAAUCACCUGUACCAAACAUUUGAAAUCAACUACAAGAACAUGGGACUAGUGAAAAAUGAUCCUAAACUAUCAGUGCAUCAUGUCAAGUUUCAAUUCGUAGGUGAUUUUUUAAAUGAUUAUAUAAUGGAAAAAACAUUCAUUGACAUUCAUGUGGUUUGAAUCCAGAGCGAUGCUUCUUACAGAAGAACAAAAGUUUAUGCUAAAAAUAACAACACCCAAAUGUGGUGAACUGGAUUUUUCCCUUCCAGUGUAAAAGAGGGUGUCAUGUAUGCUGUGGAGAGGCGUUUGGAACCGCACUGCGAAGUAAAGUCUUGAGGUUGAAUGCCCUUUCCCACCCACUUUUUUUUUUUUUUUUUUGGAUGGACAAGAAGCAGCACGGGCUGUCUACCAAGAAUAAACCUACUGCUCUCU